UUAUUAUUCAUUAAAAUGCAAGAGCACCCACAACUACUUCGAAGACCUUUACCUCCAAAAUUCCCUAAGCUGCCUUUAAGUAAGAAGAAAGUCCAUACAGCCAAGACUGGUAAAACUGAGCCAAAACAUGUAACAUUCAUUCAAGAUGAAAUCACUUCAAUUGAAAGAAAGAAAACUAGUUUUCCUGAUGUUGUUUCAAGAAGCCAACCACAAACCCUUGUCAAUAUCCAAAAUCUCUUUCUUGAUCAUUAUAUACAAGAAAGAGUGACUACUAUUUCAAUACCCAGAAAAACUUCUAAGAAUGUGUAUUGGCAUAUUCCAGAGACUGCUACUGGUUCCUUAUUUUUUCCAACCUGUCAUUCAGCCUCAAGUCGUGUUUUUGGGAAAGAAAGAAGACAAAUGAAAAGGUCAAGAAUAUCAAAAGAAAAAGCACCAAAAAUAAAAAAUAUUUAUUUUGGUGACAUGUUCAAAGACAUUGUGAUUUUCUCCUCAGAGUUCUCCAGACUUCCAAGUACUACUUCCCCAGCUAUUUCUCCCAAACCCAAGGAAGUUCUGUCUGCAUCUACCUACACUUUUAGGCAACCUCUGAUAGGUGCAAGAGCAACAGUGCCAAGCCCUAUAGCAAGAUCUAGUCAUGUUAAAGGAAGAAGAUGGUGGGCUAAACAUUUAAAACAAGAUACUGCUGUGGUACUAAGUAUUACUCAUUUUCCAGGUCCCAUCUCCAUACCAACACCUGUUUUGCCAAGAAAACCUCAAAGACAGUCUUUGUUAGAAACUCAGGUAGCAGAAUCUGAAAAUGUAGAAAGUACCCCGAGGCAAAGCACACCAAACCUACCUGAAGGUAUUGUUAAAUCUAGAAAACAAGAGGAAUCACAGGUACAUCUCAUACGUGGUGGAGGUCUUAAGACUAUCAGUGCAACACGAUAUGAAACAAUAAUAGCCAUGACCAACCUUGCCAUAGUAAACUGUCAAAUAUAUGGAAGAAAUGCACUUAACCUUAAGGGCUUUUUUAUCACAAAUUGUCCAGACUUAACGAUUUUGGCCUCCCAAUUGGUAUAUCUUAACUUAUCCUUCAAUGACAUCAGUUACUUCCCCACAGAAAUACUUUGUCUUAAAAAUUUACAAAUACUAUUACUAAGAAAUAAUCCUAUCAAAGAAAUCUCUUCUGAAAUUCAGCAACUUAAGCUCCUUAGAGUUUUCAGCAUUGCCUUUAAUUUGAUUACUACUCUUCCACCUGGGUUAUUUCUUUUGUCCCAUCUUGAGGAACUUGAUAUUUCCUACAAUGGUAUUGCUUCCAUUCCUAAUGAAAUCCAGAAACUCAGAUCACUUGAAAAGCUGAAUGUGGAUGGGAACGAACUGACGACUUUUCCAUCCUCAAUUUUGAAGCUUAACCUGAAAAAAAUCCUCUUUGAGAAUACUUUCACUCAUCCUAUGUUCUGGAAAGAGAAUUCUUUGAAUAGCCCACCAUCCCUUACUCAAAUUGCUUCUUUUUUCUUUUUAAAAAAUAAUCUACGUGAAUAUUAUAAUGUGAUCCCAGCAGAAAUUCAAAAGCUACUCAAAUGCACAUCUAGGUGUGAAUGGUGUCAAGGUCCCAUGUUCGGUCAAGGUUUUCGAGUCAUCCGAUCCUAUGAUGGUUUUGGAACAACACACCUUCCUAUUUUGUUUCUUGUGUGUUCUUCUUCCUGCUAUAGAGAAGUAAAGGAACGCAGUUUUGUUUCAGGUAGUAUUCCUAGUGGAAAAAUAACUCUAAAUUCUGAGUUGAUAAGUCAGGCGAUGAUUUAG